CUGUAGAAGAGGUAGCACCUUUAUUAGCAGAGAAGAAGAAUGCAGUACCAGUAUUUUGCUUUGGAGAAAAUCAGAACAACAAUUUUCCAGCAAAGUCUUUAAAUGACCUCCUUCUUAGCGCGUGCUCUACUCCUCCUGACGUCGACUGCAAACUCAACUUCCAUGAUCGUCUGCUCUACAUCUACACGUCUGGAACAACUGGAUUACCUAAAGCAGCCAUUGUGAAAAACAGCAGAUACUUGUGGAUAGCAAUUGGCUAUCAUUAUGCGCUUCAUAUUCAGGAUGAAGACAUUAUAUACAACUGUUUACCGUUGUAUCAUACCGCCGGUGGGAUCCUCGUUGUUGGCCAAGCUCUUCUCUUUGGUAAUAGUGUCGUCAUCCGACCGAAGUUUUCUGCUUCGAAGUUCUGGGAUGACUGCGUCAAAUACAACUGCACCGUAGCGCAAUAUAUUGGAGAGAUAUGUCGUUAUCUAUUAGCUCAACCAGAACGUCCCAUAGACAAACAACACAAGGUCAGAAUAAUGUCUGGGAAUGGGCUUAGAGUACACAUCUGGGAGAAAUUCACAAAAAGAUUCAACAUUGAGCAGAUUUAUGAAUUCUUUGGUUCAACAGAAGGAACCGCUUCAUUAUUUAACAACAACGGAAAAGUAGGAGCUGUGGGGUUUAUAUCUCAGAUUUUUGGUACUUUUUAUCCCGUGAUUCUGGUUCGUGUGGACCCCAUCACAGCUGAGCCACUUAGAGACAAGGAUGGCUUGUGUGUCACAUGUAAACCAGGAGAACCAGGACAGGUGAUUGGCAGGUUAUAUCCAAAGGACCCCAUUCGCCAGUUUGACGGUUAUGUGGACCAAUCGGAAACGAAGAAGAAAAUAAUCCAAGACAUUUUAAAGAAAGGGGAUGUUGGAUAUCUUACUGGAGAUAUUGUGGUGAUGGACGAAGAUGGUUACAUAUACUUCAAGGAUAGGACAGGCGACACCUAUAGGUGGAAAGGAGAAAACGUUUCGACAACUGAAGUUGAGGGAGUUAUCAGUAAGAUCUUAGGCCAAACUGACUGUGUGGUGUACGGAAUUCAAAUACCAGGAACUGAAGGCCGAGCCGGAAUGGCAGCUCUACCUGAUCCAGAGAGAAAGAUCAACAUGAAAGAACUGUCGAGUGAUCUUCAUCGCCAACUUCCAAGCUACGCUGUACCAUUGUUUAUACGACUUGUAGACAGACUAGAAACCACUGGGACUUACAAACUUACAAAGGUAGGCUUACAAAAAGAAGGAUUUGAUAUACAUAAAAUUCCCGACUCAAUCUACUACUUGGAUAAAGAAACCAAGUGUUAUCUUCCCCUGGAUGAAAACACUUACCAAUUAAUACAUUCAGGAAGUCUGUGUCUCUAGAAGUUUGGUGGGACUAUUGAUUUUUGAGAGUUUCAAGCUAAGUUUAAACUUCUGAUUUCGAGAAAGUAUCAUGUUAUAAGUCCGCGGAGCCGCUGCAGGUGGCGGCUUUUUUUAAUAUUAUUGCAGUUAUGCAGCUGAGAGGGAUUGCCCAUUAAUUGCACUUUGUCCACACUGACCUAAUUCAACAUUCAGUACUUCUGUCUCGUAGUUAUUUAUUAAUUUUUGGCUUAGAUGAAUACCUUUGAAUCGUGUUAAAGUUACACAUUUUAACCUAUAAUUCUAAAACCAUGAAAUUCUAUUUUUUCAUAUUUCCAUGGAAGAAUUUGAAAAUGUUUAGAGAUAUUUGUGUUUUGUCUGUGUGUGAGAGAGACAGACAGACAGAUAGAGUCAAUACAGCUGCUUUCAGCACAAGAGGGUGCUAGUGUGUAACACCAGUUUGGUUAAUUUUUAGCAGCUGGAAAAAAGCAGCUUUAUUCAUUUUUGUAACUGAGUCAUCCUUUAAGGAAUAAUAUAGAGCAAAUGUUCCUUUCUUUAAAAUUCUUAAAAACAACAAAGUAACAGGAAAGGAAAAAAUAAAAGAUUUUCAUAGUAGGUUUGAAUAGGGCGUCAUGAUAUUUUUUUGGUAUAUUAUUAGCGUGAAGUAUUAACUGUAUCUUUGAUGAUAUAUUUUGUUUAUCAUAUAUCUAAAAGUUAUUUACAUUUGACUGUAAUACUGAGAGUAGAUAUACACACAUUCUAUUUUUCCCAAUAGAAGUACAUUUCUUAGGCUAACUUUACAGCUAGGUUUAACAGUUGAAUAACUCUUCAUUGUGAUUAUGUAUAUCGUCAUAUGAAAUGUACUCAUAUUUGAUAACGAAUCCCAUUCUCUGGCUAAGUUAGGUAAAGAACUUUAGAUAACAUUUCUUUAUUAUUUACAUAGUUGAGCCAACGAGAGCUGACAGUGCUCGAAGCUACAGUUACCAAUCCGGCAUCGCAUGGGAUUCAUUAUCAAAUAUAAACAAAUAUGUUUCACAUAACAAACUGUAAUGUUGACUGUAUAAAUACUGCCCUCAUUGUCAUAAGAAAGGCAUUUUUAAAUUUCUUAAACAAAAUAAAAAAGUGCCAAGGAAUUCAGAAAAUUUUAAUUAGUUAUUUGAUGAGGAGAGACACCUAACUAUUUUAAAAUGUUUUAUAUUAAAUUGUUAUAAGUUCAUAAAUUCUAAUGAUCGGUACAACUAAAUUGUUAUUAAUUAGUUCAUAGUUUUAUGUACGGGUAUAUAUUUUUUUUAAAUGGAAAUAUCUCAUAAAAAUGGACAUAUUCAACCUCAACGGCACUUUAUGCGACACGUAAGCCAAAUGGAAGAACAUAGACCUAAGUCCAGGUGUAGCCAUUCCUAAUUUAGAACUGCUGACCAUUGGAAGGGCAACCAACCAGCAACAUCCGUCCCCUAUACGAAUACUCUUAACCAAAUAGCGAAAUUGACUGUCGUGACUAUAACGCCAACACGUAGUGAGUAUGUUCAGUGACGUAUAUUGUUUGGAACCAUGUAUUUUGAGAUCUACAGCCCGGUACGAUAACCAUCAGGCCGCGUCUGCCCCCCCCCCCUUCAGUGGCAGAGCGGUAUGUCUGCGGACUUACAACGCUAGAAUCCGGGUUUCGAUACCCGUGGGGUGGGCAGAGCACAGAUAGCCCACUAUGUAGCUUUGUGCUUAAUUACAAACAAACAAACAAGCGUCUGGCCCUUUAAAAUUAGGUAAAUUAAUAAAAUGUAUUUGUAGUUAAUGGGAGAUUAACUACAGUUAAAAGUAUAGAUUCGAUAUAUAUAUAUAUAUUUAUGGAUCGAUACCUCGGAAACUUUAGUAGUCAGAAUCUUGUAUAGAUUUCUAAUGAAUAAGUACAAUUUUAAUGCAGAUAUUAUAUGUGACCUAACUUUAUAACGUGCAUUGUUCUCGCUCAGUUAGGAUUUGAAAGCAAAUAUACACAGUUUUCACGUUUUCUGGAUAGGAUGAAUUGAUUACUCGUGUCUCAGUUCACUUUGUAAUAUCAACGUAAUAAAAUUUUGUAAAAUUUUGAAAUUAUUUAAUGAUGUACGGUUUUUUUAAUUUGAGUAUAAAGUUUUUGAUUUGUCAUCAUAAUUGUUAAUUUGUUGAUUGGAGUUCAAACUGGCUUUACACAAACUGCAUUAUAGAAGGAUUUUUCUGAAUUAAUAAUAUAAUUUUUAUUAUAGAUUUACAUUAGUUUUCACAUAAAUAAGGGCUAGGCGUGGUUUAGUGAUUAGCAUGCCCGAACUGGGAAUCCGAGGGCUCAGUGUUCGCAUGCCGUUGCCAUAUAAACUGCUCCGCACUUUGGGAGCGUGGAUGCGUUAUAAGAGUGACGAUCAGUACCAAUAUUUGGUCAGACAAUAGUAGCCCACGAGCUUGCGGUGAGUGUUGUUAACUAGCUAUCUAUCACCACAGAAU